UAAAAGUCUGCCGGUCUGCGCCAGCGUUUCAUAUCAAUGGCUCACAGGGCUCGUUUUAUUUGACUGUGUGGACUUUUUAUAAUUGAUCCCAUAAGAAUCCAAUGAUGGAUAUCCUAUGGAUUUUAUGGACACUACUACCCUCGGUACUCGCUGUUGAAGAAAUGUUGAUGGACUCCACAACGGCGACCGCAGAGCUGGGCUGGACCGUAUAUCCUGUGUCGGGGACAAGUGACAGCAGUUGGGAAGAGGUGAGUGGCUACGAUGAGCAUAUGAACACCAUUCGUACCUAUCAGGUGUGUAAUGUCUUCGAUGCCAACCAAAAUAACUGGGUCCGCACCAAGUACAUCCGACGGAGAGGAGCUCAACGCAUUCAUGUAGAGAUGAAAUUCUCAGUGCGAGACUGCAGCAGCAUCCCAAGAGUUCCGGGUUCCUGUAAAGAAACUUUUAACCUGUACUACUAUGAAUCAGAGUCCGACACGGCCACCAAAGUAUUUCCCCCUUGGAUGGAAAACCCUUGGAUAAAGGUGGAUACCAUUGCAGCCGACGAGAGUUUCUCACAAGUAGACCUGGGUGGACGCGUAAUGAAGAUUAAUACAGAGGUGCGCAGUUUUGGACCUGUCUCCCGUAACGGUUUUUACCUAGCCUUUCAGGACUAUGGCGGAUGCAUGUCGCUGAUUGCAGUGCGAGUGUUCUACAGGAAGUGCCCUCGGACCAUUCGGAAUGGAGCGAUAUUUCAGGAGACGCUUUCAGGCGCUGAGAGCACCUCCCUGGUGGCAUCGAGGGGAGUUUGCAUCCCUAAUGCCGAGGAGGUCGAUGUUCCCAUUAAGCUGUACUGUAAUGGAGACGGAGAGUGGAUGGUUCCUAUUGGCCGCUGUAUGUGUAAAGCUGGUCAUGAAGCUGUGGAUAAUGGAACUGUUUGCAGAGCAUGCCCUUCGGGUUUCUUCAAGACGGCGCAAGGUGACGAGAAAUGCCUGCAGUGCCCAAUCAACAGCCGCACCACCAAUGAAGGAGCCACCAACUGCGUCUGCCGAAAUGGAUAUUACCGCACGGAUUCAGACCCUUUACAGAUGCCCUGUACAACCGUGCCGUCAGCCCCUCAAAACGUAAUCUCCAGCGUGAACGAGACAUCGCUGAUGCUGGAGUGGUAUCCUCCACGGGAGACUGGCGGGCGCGACGACGUGGUCUACAACAUCAUCUGCAAGAGCUGCGGAGGUGGCCGGGGUGGCUGCACACGCUGCGGGGACAAUGUGCAGUUUAUUCCACGUCAGCUGGGACUCACCGAGACCAGAGUCUUUAUAAGCGACCUGCUGGCCCACACGCAGUACACUUUCGAGGUGCAGGCCGUCAACGGCGUAUCAGACCAGAGCCCCUAUUCGCCCCAAUAUGCAUCAGUCAACAUCACGACUAACCAGGCUGCUCCUUCUACCGUGUCUAUAAUGCAUCAGGUCAGUCGGACCAUUGACAGCAUCACUCUCUCCUGGUCGCAGCCGGACCAGCCCAACGGGGUCAUACUUGACUACGAGCUGCAGCAUUAUGAGAAGGACCAGACCGAGCAUAACUCUUCCGUAGUGAGGAGUCAAACCAACACCGCAGUCAUUCGUGGCCUCAAACCCGGUGGCAUCUACGUGUUUCAGGUCCGAGCCCGUACGGUGGCCGGGUUUGGACGCUACAGCGGCAAGAUGUACUUUCAGACCAUGACUGAAGAGGAGUACAACACUAGCUUUCAGGAGAAACUGCCGCUCAUCAUUGGCUCGGCGGCUGCUGGUCUGGUCUUCCUCAUUGCGGUGGUGGUCAUCAUCAUCGUCUGCAACCGACGUGGGUUCGAGAGACCAGAUUCGGAAUACACGGACAAGCUGCAGCACUACACCAGUGGCCACAUGUCACCAGGAAUGAAGAUCUACAUCGAUCCGUUUACCUAUGAGGACCCCAAUGAGGCUGUGAGAGAGUUUGCUAAGGAGAUUGACAUUUCAUUUGUGAAGAUCGAGCAAGUCAUUGGAGCAGGGGAGUUUGGAGAGGUGUGUAGCGGUAAUCUGAAGCUCCCUGGAAAAAGGGAGAUGUUUGUGGCCAUCAAAACGCUGAAGUCAGGUUACACAGAGAAGCAAAGGCGGGACUUCCUGAGUGAGGCGAGCAUCAUGGGACAGUUCGAUCACCCCAAUGUCAUCCAUCUGGAGGGAGUGGUGACCAAGAGCAGCCCUGCCAUGAUCAUCACUGAGUUUAUGGAGAACGGCUCAUUGGACUCUUUCCUGAGGCAAAACGAUGGGCAGUUCACUGUGAUACAGCUGGUGGGCAUGUUACGUGGUAUUGCCUCUGGGAUGAAAUACCUUGCGGACAUGAAUUACGUUCACAGGGACCUGGCUGCCCGCAACAUUUUAGUUAACAGUAACCUUGUCUGCAAGGUGUCUGAUUUCGGACUCUCGCGCUUCUUGGAGGACGACACUUCUGACCCGACCUACACCAGUGCCCUGGGGGGGAAGAUCCCUAUUCGAUGGACCGCCCCAGAGGCCAUCCAAUACCGGAAGUUCACCUCUGCCAGUGACGUAUGGAGCUACGGCAUUGUUAUGUGGGAAGUGAUGUCGUAUGGAGAGAGGCCAUAUUGGGACAUGACCAAUCAAGACGUCAUCAACGCCAUUGAACAAGACUACAGGCUGCCCCCUCCCAUGGACUGCCCCAGCGCCCUCCACCAGCUCAUGCUGGACUGCUGGCAGAAAGAGCGUAACAACCGGCCCAAGUUCAGCCAGAUUGUCAACAACCUGGACAAGAUGAUCCGCAACCCCAACAGCCUGAAGGCCAUGACGCCACUGUCCUCAGGAGUGCAUUUGCCCUUGCUUGAUCGCAGUGUGCCCGACUUCUCAAGCUUUAGUUCUGUGGAUGACUGGCUGGACGCUAUUAAGAUGGGCCAGUACAAAGACAACUUCGCCAAUGGCAACUUCACCAGCUUCGACCUAGUUUCCCAGAUGACCAUGGAAGACAUUCUCAGGGUUGGCGUGACACUAGCAGGCCAUCAGAAGAAGAUCCUCAACAGUGUUCAGAUGAUGAGGGCCCAGAUGAACCAGAUCCAUUCAGUAGAAGUUUGACACCAGUGCCCCCAUUAGACUGGGAAGAGAACAAGAGGAGGGUCAUCGUAAAGGGAUAGGGCGUCCACCCCAGGCCCUGAGACUGCUUUUCUUUCUGAACCACCUUGGAUAUCCACCUGCCCCUUCCUCUCAAUAACACUCUCAUUCUCCAUCUGUGUUGGCCGAAUCCUUCGCAAACCCCUCAGCCACCCUAAUGGGCUCAUUCCGGGAAAAUAUGGUCACACCAUGUGAUUGUUUAGCUUUAGCCGACACAAAUCACAGGACGACCCCCCAUAUCCCUUAAAUUUUCUCUUACUUCCUUUCCAGUUUUCUUAUUUACUUAUUUUUUGGUUUUGUCUUCUUUUUUUAAAGAGUUUUUGUAUAGAAUUUUUAAAGCAAUGAGAACACAAGGAAUCUAUAUAAAAUAUAUAGAUUGGUGUAAAAGUGCGGACUGAAUUACAAGGCUACCCUUUAAAAGGGCAAUGAUGAAACAGGACAUGAACACCUCACCCCGCAAUAUGCUUCUGAGAUUUUCUUUAUAAUAUUUUAUGGUGAAUAAUCUUGAACUGUCUGCUCAGUGGCGACACGUGGGACCCUAAGCCCUCUCCCCACAUUGACAGCCAAGGGAAAAGGAUGCAAACACCAUGAAAUUGGACUUGUUUUGGCAGCCGUUACUGCCUUGAAGAAAAUACGAGACUUUAGUAAUUUUUGCAGUUUAGACCACUUAUACAUGAACAAACAAACAGGAAAAACGCCUACUCUCUUAAAUAGUUACCUUGCUCACAGUGUUGCAUUUGUGAUUUCUCAUUGCUUGGGUCGGGGGCGAAAUAUUUUACAGAUAUCACAACAGAUAGAACAUCAUCCCUUCGUACCUCAUACUCUACAUAUCAGAUGCACUUGACAGUGUGAGGUCUAAAGUAUGAACCUGAUGUAGUCAAACAUUUAGUUUUGGUUUCAGUUAUUACUGUAGAUGGAUUGACAUUGACAUUUGAUGGAUUUUCUUUCACGUGUGCGAAGGGGGUCGUCUUGCAUAUUCUUCCUCCUUUUUAAAAGGUUUGUCAUGGGCUAAGAUGAUUUAGUUUGAAAGACACCAUCAGAAAAUCUUCCCCACAGUUGUAUGUAGGACAAUUCCUUUAGCGUGCUCUUUUUUUAUGAACUGCUUACAGAGAAAGGCCGCAAGUGCACGAACGGUGUGGUCUUUGCAUCACCUACCCUUGUCACUUUUAUGUUUUGAUCCCUUCCGCAUGUGUGCGUGUGCAUGUGUGUGUGGCUCGGUGAGCCCAAGGAGCUGCAGAGCAUGCGUGGUGUGAAACUGAUCUCACAAAAAGCUUGGAUUUGAUACACUUUGCAGAUCACUGUGUUGAUAUGCCUCUAUUUUUGCCACCAAACUUAGCAUUCUUUUAAAAAGAUGUUUUAUAAUGAGGUGUUAAGGGUUUUAAUAUCUGAUAAAGUAUGCAGUUCGAGGACAUUUUCAUAAUGGGGAAGUGAUGUUUCACUUCAGCGAUGACCGUGGAGUAUAGUUUUAUACUGUAUGAGGAUGUUGAUGUAAAACAUUUUUGAACUGGGUACAUUCACAUUCAUCUGACAAUGCAUGGGGCCAUUUAAAAGAAAAGUUUAGGUAGACAUUCUGAACUCUAGGUGGCUUAUGGGAUUAAGCUGGGCCAGUUUAAAGAACACAACAUAAUGUUAGCAAAAUAUUGUAAAUAAGUUGUUGUGUAUAGGUUGUAUUUUAUUUUUUACAGAGAAGACUUACAGUUUUCCAAACAUACCAAGGUAUGUUACUUCCACAACACUCUGAGAUCAUCUCCCUCUGGUACAUACACAUAAGAACCAAGAAAACAAUGUAUAUAACAUUCUCAAGCAGAACACCCUGUGUUGGAUUUUAGUGUACAGAUUCAUGUUUGUAUGUGUUGUUAAAGCCGAAUGGAGAGUCACUGUUGUUAAUGUCCAUUUUGGGCCUUUCGUUUUGUUCUAGAUGGGCUGAGAGAUGAACACUUGUGUGUUUGAAUGUCCAGGUACAUCCGCAUACCAGCACUGAGAUCACUGUGGUUAACCGUGUACAUGCAUGUAUUCCAUAACCUCAGGGUUGACGUGCUUUUUUAAUCUACGUUAAAAGCAUAUGGUACUGUGAGGUCAGAUCGAUGCAAGUAAGGUACAAGGGCUGAUUCACGUUAUUGACUCAUCAUUGAGUGCUGAUAAAGUUCCAAUACAGUCUUAUGACAACUCGCAGUACUACGUACAAGAUGGAAAAUUCGUAAGAUGUCGUACCAGCCUUUUAUUCCAAAGGAGACCAAGCAAUCAGCAAAGAAUUUCAAAGUGAUACAAUACCGGCAUUACAUUUUAGCUAGCCUCAUAUCCAACACUUUAUUUAAAAAAAAAAAGGAAAUGUCUAUGAACAAAUCUGAUUACAUGUUUAAUAUUUACGUAUUUAUGCAAUACAAAUGAGUGACAACAAGUCGACAACCUGAAAUACGCUUCCUUCAUCUCGUUCCAAACCCUAAUGUAUUCUUUCUUCCGUGGUGUACAUAAGUUAUUUCACUAUUGACAUCAUGGUUAGUUUAGGGUAAGAGGUUAGGCUACACUUUAUGGUUAGGGUAAACAUUUGGGAAAGUCGAAAUAACAUCGUUGGUCCAUUUGAUUUUCUCUAUGACAGUAAAAGUCAUACAUUUUUGUACGAGCCAACUUGUAUGUUUUCUUACAUUUUCACCAUCUCUUGCUAUUAUUAUGACUUGUCAUAAGACCGGGUUGUAAAGUUCUUGUCAUACGGUCUACAGCAGCAAUGCUGAUGGUGUUUACCAUUAUCUGUUCUUCCCAUUACACAAUGCUUCCAUUAGAAUGAAGAUUCGUACAGUGCAUGGGCAUGAAACAUCAUUUUGGUCCAGCCGAUAAGCCAUCCCAGGUGUGAACUGCUGAGAUACCUAUAAAUCCUAAAGACUUGAGAGAUAACCCAGUCUACCUAACUCACUUUCUGAUCUCUGCCGCUACCCUCAGUAUUACUCUGUCAUUUGUUAUCGUGUGUCCAGAAUGAGGGUAGAAGAUUUCUUUCCUAAGAGCUUGUCACACUAUAUGGCCUUUAAGCUUCGGUUCUCAGCUUUUUUGAGGAUCUUGGUCAAUUUUUAUAACAGCAGGAGACUACAGGGAGAUAGGACAUUAAUCAUGGGCACUUAAAGGUGUUGUAAGCAAUCUUUUGGGUGAAUAUGACACCUAAAAUAUAUCACUGAAAUAGGUUUCCUGAUAUAUCACACCAAAAAGAGUCGGGAGAACAGCCCAUGCUUUUUUAGCCAAUUGGAAAAUGCUGUCUACCUAGCCGUCUUUUACGUGUUCUGGUUUUGGAAGAAUGUGAAGUCGCAGUCACAUUUACCUUUGCACUUUUUGUGCUUGCAAUUUAUAAAGAAGCUCACCGCUAUUUCCUUGUGUAUUGUGAGUAUAGCUUCUACUCUACAGUAUGUACAAAGCACUGCCAAACCAAACAACUUAUUGGUCAAUGCUGCAAAUUCACAUGCCAAAGUUCACCAAACUUGAACACAACGUGAAAUGCACGUAGGGAAAUUCUUUGCCACUUUAAGUCAAUCAGAGACAUUUUCAGUUAUGCAGAUUCCCAUUGAAUUGACAGUAUUUCACCCGCAUAAUUUUGCCGUGCAAAGGUAUAUGUGACUGCACCUUAAUUCAGUGGCUUGUUCUUUGGUUUGGAAAAAACCUCUUUGAAAAAAGACCUAAGGAAAUUGCAUCAUGAACGCUGUUUCUUCUCUGUGUUGACAUAUUUCCUGUUAAUUGAAAUAUUCUAGGUUCAAUACAAGUUAAGAUCAUUUGAUAGUAUUUGUGGCAUAAUGUUGAUUACCGAAAAAAAACAAAUCUACUUGUCCCUCCUUUUCUUUAAAAAAAGCAAAGAUUAGGUUGCACUGAUGCACCUAAAAUAGAAGUGAAUGGAGCCAAUUGUUUGAGGGUUUAAAUGCAGAAAUGUGAAUCUUAUAAUUUUAUAAAAUUACUUUUUAUUCCAUUAAAACUGAAAGAAUUAAAAAAGAAGGUUGAUUUUUUUUUUUUUUUUUUGUUAUCAACAUUGUGCCACAAAUGCUGUCGAUUGAGCUUAACUUGUAUUAAACCAGGAAUAUUCCUAUAAAUCAGGAAGUUUGGAUAGAAAAUAUUGAAAGCCUUUCUGCUUUUAAAAAAAUAACAAUAGGCUUUAGUUACGUCACACCCAUGAACUACGAUUUGCUUCAUGCUCGAUUGGACAAGACAGCCUGUAAAGGUUACAUUUGUAUAUCUGCUAUUGGUUCACUAUUGUCAACUUUUAGGAUUACACAAGCAUAUAGAUGGCUCAAGUUUAAAUACCAUGUGGUUCUUAACAUGGAAGAGCUUUAUUGCUGGUCAGGUUACCGCAUCAUGCCUGGACAGAACACGGUGCAAGUCAGGUUGAGAGAGAAGAAUUUUCUCACAUCAUAAAACUACUAGUGAUGGUGCCAGCAGUGAAGCACCCACCUUUAUCUGUCUGUCCAGAACAGAAUACCCUCUCAUUAUUUAAUGGCUUCUCUGUGUCAGUGCUGCACUGUAAUACUACGGCUCCGAUUCCCUCAUCUUCCUCAGAAUUACAUCGCUUUCUUCUUCACACUCCUUUUACAAUCACUGUCACUCAAAACUGCAGCAAAUCCACACAUAUAUUUCUGCUCUGUCUCUACAGUACCAAGACCAGCAUGAAUUGUCAUGCCAAUCCACCAGCUUGGGUUGGCGUUAAUCUAGCUGGUCCACCAGCAUAGUCUUUCUGAUGAAGCUGGUUUACCAAGAGAAUCUUGCUAGUUAAAACCAGCAUCCAAACCACAACUUAAGCUGGUCUUCUCAGCAGGCUGAAACUGUAUUUGAAUAUGUCUGAUCAGAAAACAAAGUGAUUAAGAGUUGAGAAGUUCACAACAGUAGUUUAGUGAUAUUUAGAAGUGCUGCCCGCAAGUCCAAGGUGAGUUUUAUAUCUGCGUAACGGUACACGAUUAGAAGAGCUUUGAAAGAAAUCCAGUGCUGAAGAGAUAUCCUGUACUCUUGAUCCUCAUCUUAUUUAGCUUGCAAUGACAUGUGUUAUUUCGGGGGGGGUUGCACCCCCAUUCCUGGCACUUUUGUAUAGAGUGAUCUAAAGGAACAUUAGCAAUGAGCCUUUCUGUCUUAAGAUUUGUUGGGAGAUCAUUGCAUAUGUUGAAAGAUUAUGACAUGUUUGGCAGUUUUGGACUUUUUGUACAAUGAAUUUUCUUCAACAAACCAGUAUUUACCUAGAAAUAUUUCUUCACAACAAUCUUGUGUAAUUCUGUUUUCCACUGCAUUUUUAAUCACAGUUGCUGAAGUUUAUUUCUCAGUAGGGGACUAAUUACUUCACAUGUCUCGUUGUUUUGUUUAACAGAACACUACAUAGACCACAGACAAAUGGGACGUGGCAUCAAGAGUGUUAAAACAUCUCACGCAUGGUAGCACAUUUAUUGCUCUAUUCACAUGGACUAUAUCACCUUUAAAAAUGUUACCACAUUUACAAAUGAGGCCUAUAAUGAUGCUGGGAAAGAUGGUAUGCUUGCAUUUCUUUUAAAAACUCAGAACCUAGCAUUUUUCCAGAUCAGAACUGUUGCCAUCAUGUUGACAUGCAAAUAUUUCCUCCCUUUUUUGGCAAGCAAAAACACAGUUAGCACAGAACCACGCACCGUUUAAAGCUGUUUGUUGAAAGCUGGUUGAAGGCAAGCUGUGAACGGCAUAUGUUCGCAGAUACAGCUGAACCGUUAUACCAAUUAAAAAACGUUAUUAUGAUGAUUAUAUGUGACUGUGAACGUAAAUACAAGCUGGCUCUGGCUCACUCUCAUUGGUCCAUAUUUGGUCAGAAGUUUGUUCCUGGACAGAAAAUGGCUCCCCCCGAGAAGCGCUGGUGCCUGUAGGGUUGCGGCACCCUCUGCUGUUAGGCCGGCAGUAGUGCAGCUAGGCUAUGAUUUGCUCCGCAUGUCUCUCAGCCCUAGAUUUCAGUACAGGGCAGCAGACCUCUCACUAGCCCAAAUUGAGCACUGCCCACCUGGACCACUGUGAUGGAGAUGGGAGGUACUGUAUCGCUGUAUAAAAUGUACAUUUGACUGUAACCCUGUGAAUGAUGUAACAAUUUCAUUAUUUGUAAUAUUGUUAUUGGUUUAUUUUCUAAAAAUGGAAAAAGCCCAACUUGACUGUCCUCAUUAAAAAAAAAAAAGAGAGAU